AUGUUUGACUUUAAGAAGCUGGGCAUUCAAAGUUGUGAAAAGCUUCAAGUACUGCCUGAACAAAAAGGAAAGAUGUUUCUCAAUGGAUUGUAUACUGAUGGCUACACGUACAGAGUUCUAUUUGCUAGAAAAGUGCUUCCAUCAUCACCAGAAGACAAUAUCUGUCUAGAGUUGAACGAUUUUACAAGCGAAGAGACCCAGGAAGACGGGAUCCUUUUGUCUCUUAUCAUGGUGACCACUGACAUAUGUCACUUAUCCUCAAUCGAAUAUUACAAUAUGGGUGGAAGUGUAAGACGAAUGAAAGAGCAACAGAAGCGCAAACAGAGAUUAGGUUUUGAAAAGAUUGAAACAGACAUUCUUUCGCCUAAAACUGCGUCUGUUUAA